GCUCAAACCACGAAUCUAGUUUGUCGGUUUGAGUGAGUUGUUUUUUUAUUUCAAGAGUAAAUAAGGUUCCAUACAUAAUAAAUAUCAAUUUAGUGAAGGCGCCUUCAUGGUAGAAAAUGCCAGUAGGUAUUAGCCUAUUAUGAUCUUAAUUAAAAAUCGAAUAAAGUGUAUUAAUAAAUGAAGGAAAACAGCACUUUUAGGUUCCUUUCCAACCGGCAAUUUCAGUCUGAGUCCAGCUGCGKCCAACCCGGUCAUCGUUUGAUUAAUGUUUGAAGCCCGUUCAACUGGCAAACUUAAUGAAAACAACAUCAAUAUCUAAUAUAAUAAAGAGGAGGAACUCUCUAAUAUAAUUACAUCUGUCAUAAAAAAGUCAUUCUAUCACAUUAUUGCAGUAGUUAAUUCAAUGGAUGUAUAUUAACCAUUGUGACCAAAAAACCAAGACUCCUUGAAAGUUAAGAGGAAGCAUCUGUCGUGAAGUAGUCAAGGGCGACACACUUUAAGACUGGAAAACAGAAAGACAGGAAAAGUGCUGAAUAGAAAAGACGAGAGGAGAUUUACUAAUUCGGUUCUUUUGAAAAACUAGCUUGCUUUACGAUGGAUUUUAACAUCACUAAUUUAAAUACAUCUUUACCACUAACCUGGAAGGCACUUUAUUCCAAAAACACAUUUGGAUGGGACGAGAUUUGGACUCAAACUCUUUUAACUUUGGGUUUUUUGAUCGCGGUUGGAAACAUGUUAUCUCUUGUUGUGUUUCUACGAAAGACUUUCAGAGUCAAAAAGUCGAGUUAUCUAUUGGUCAGUCUCACAGUGGCUGAUUUGCUGGUUGGUUUGGCUGGGAUUAUGAUUUCUGUAAGUCGAUCUCAGAUUCAUGCCAUCAAAGAAGAAAGCGUUUAUCAAUUUCUUCUUUUUCAAAUUGUAUUCCUACAAAGCAGUAUUUCUGCCUCUCUUUGCUCACUCACCGCUAUUGCUAUAGAGAGAGUAUUUGCAAUUUUCAACCCAUUUCGCCAUCGAACUGUUGGUAUUUGGUACUAUGCGAUCAUUAUUGGUGUAGUUUGGACUCUUAGUGCUUUUAAUUUUCUGCUGUUUACACUUGUAUACACUGACUCGAUUCAUCAAACAAUCUCGACUAUCCUCGUGUCGAUGAUAAUCAUUUUAAUCCUGAUUACUAUAUUUAUUUCUUACUUAUCGAUAUGGCUAAAAACAACGUUUUCCUCAAGGAUUCAACGUACCAGAAAUGUUCAAGAAAAUAGAAACUUGGCUAAAACUCUGUUCAUUGUGACCGCAGUGUCUUNAAACACAUUUGGAUGGGACGAGAUUUGGACUCAAACUCUUUUAACUUUGGGUUUUUUGAUCGCGGUUGGAAACAUGUUAUCUCUUGUUGUGUUUCUACGAAAGACUUUCAGAGUCAAAAAGUCGAGUUAUCUAUUGGUCAGUCUCACAGUGGCUGAUUUGCUGGUUGGUUUGGCUGGGAUUAUGAUUUCUGUAAGUCGAUCUCAGAUUCAUGCCAUCAAAGAAGAAAGCGUUUAUCAAUUUCUUCUUUUUCAAAUUGUAUUCCUACAAAGCAGUAUUUCUGCCUCUCUUUGCUCACUCACCGCUAUUGCUAUAGAGAGAGUAUUUGCAAUUUUCAACCCAUUUCGCCAUCGAACUGUUGGUAUUUGGUACUAUGCGAUCAUUAUUGGUGUAGUUUGGACUCUUAGUGCUUUUAAUUUUCUGCUGUUUACACUUGUAUACACUGACUCGAUUCAUCAAACAAUCUCGACUAUCCUCGUGUCGAUGAUAAUCAUUUUAAUCCUGAUUACUAUAUUUAUUUCUUACUUAUCGAUAUGGCUAAAAACAACGUUUUCCUCAAGGAUUCAACGUACCAGAAAUGUUCAAGAAAAUAGAAACUUGGCUAAAACUCUGUUCAUUGUGACCGCAGUGUCUUUCGGGACAUGGUUACCAAGGGCUAUUGUCAACACCAUUUCUACUAGUUACCGGCCAACCUUCUCAUUCCACGUGACUUUGGUUUUCUAUUCACUAAGCUUAAGCAAUUCAUUGUGGAAUAUCGUGGUAUAUUUUUUAAGGAUGCCGGAUUAUAGGAGAGAAUUAAUGAAAUUGUUUUGCUUGGGCAGAGCAACUGCACGUGUUCAUCCUGGCCUUUAGAGGAUUGGGCAUGAACAGUCCGGAGCCAACUUUAAUAUGAAUAGAAUCUAUAGACAAAUGAGGGACUUGCUUUGUGUGAGCAGGGCAACACGUGUUUAUCCUGACCGUUAGAAGACUGGGAUUGAGCUGUCAAUCCUAAACUUCAAAAUGGAUUAGAAUAGACCCCCAAUGAGGAAUUCGUUUUGAAUGGGCAGGGCAACACGUGUGUUCAUUUUGAACUGGGAACCUUAAUGAGUUUAUAAACGGGACAAAAAGGGAUGAUAUAACACUGAAAAAAAAA